AUCAGUCAUGGUUCAAACAGUAUUCAUAGCACAGUGAUGUAUUCAUUUCUCCAUGAUCGUGUGCAGUUUUUUACGCUGUCUCACUGUGGAGGCCGACCUUAUAGGAGCAGAGUCGAGCAUUUGCCAGGAAAGCUGAGCUCAGCAGUUAGCAAGUUUUUGACUGAAAUAGUCAACUGAUGUUUUGUUUCAUUUUGUAAGGCUUCAAAGUGUUACAGACAAGCACUUUAAGACGGACUACACACUGGUUUCACGGUUGUGCAGGUGAAGCUGAAGGAAAGACAUCCUUCAUGUUUUCUGUUCUUUGGCUUGGAAGGAAGUUGGUUUGGAAGCAGAUAUGGAGAUGCCUCAUCUUCUGCUCUGAGUUUUUGUGGGAGCUCUAUCACAAACCUGUGGAUUAUGCUUGCAGUGUCCAAGCAUUCGUGUUUUUAUGCAUACCAUGACCCCCACUGCAAUGACUGUAUGCCCCCACUAGGGGAAUCACUGCACCAGUUGAUGACACCAGAUGUCUGAACACCAAGGAAUUUCAUCGUUGACCAUUUCCCUUGUUUCGACCAGAUCGAGGUUGUUGUCUCUGUCCAUAUAUACAUUUACUGAUUCAUCAUUACCAUGAAUGAGUCCCACAACUGCUGUAACAUUCACAGGUUUAUUGAUGAGGAUUUUCUUAUCUGUGAUAGUAGAGUGAACUGCAGUGGACUCUGAACUACAAAAUCCUAUGAAUAAAAUUGGCGGAUUGCCAGGCCCUAUAACCAGUGAACGGGAUACAAGCAGAUCAUAAAAACAGAGGACAUGUAGGAUAUAAAAUAAUUAUAAUGUCACUACAAAGGGAUGGAUGGGAUGAAGGGUUGAAGGAAUAACAUGUCAGUUGGAGGAAGUUCAUUUUGGAAGCAUGCCUGACUUGAGAUGCAGCCUAAUCAUAACAUGUGAAAGUCGUGGUGAAAUUUUUAAGGAGCCUUUCUGAAGCGACUGUUUGGAGAAUGCUGGUUGCUUCUCAGUGGAGCUGAGUAGUAAACAGGAGUCUGACUCACAUCUGGGGCAAAUUAAAGAUGUGGGGAAGAGUGGGAUUGCGAAACUUGAUUUCGGACUCCAGUUUCGCACAGAGGUCUGCAAAUGUUGGAGAAAAGCUACUUUUACAUUUUUCUUGUAAUGUUCUGUAAAACUUUUGACCCCUCUAUGCCACAAUAUGAAUCCUCUCUGCAACGCCACAUGUUGUAAAAAACUGAGGUGAGACAUAUACAUUCCUAGUAACAGUGCUGCGACGGACGUGAGAGGUUUGCCUGCAGCGGAGCUGGACAGUGUCAGCGUUUCCUGAGGAAUGUCAGAAAGGCUCAGCCUGGAUCCGUACGGCACUGACACCCUGCUGGAGAGACUCCAGGGCAUGGGGGCGUCCUGCUCCUCUGGGAGCCCCGCUGAGGCAGCAACCCCACAACCUGGGAUGUACAAGCUGGAGAUCGAGCUGAAGCGAGGACACAACCUCGCCAUCCGAGACCGAGGAGGCUCCAGCGAUCCCUACGUCAAGUUCAAGCUGGCUGGUAAAGAGGUGUUCAGAAGCAAGACCAUCCACAAAAACCUCAACCCGGUGUGGGAGGAGAAGACCACGCUCAUCGUGGACAGUCUGAGCGAACCGCUCUACGUCAAGGUCUUUGACUAUGACUUUGGUCUUCAGGAUGACUUCAUGGGUUCUGCUUUUCUUUACCUGGAGUCUCUAGAGCAGCAGAGGACGAUACCGGUGACUCUGGUGCUGAAGGACCCACAGCUGCCCAACGAGGACCUGGGCUCUCUGGAUCUGGCCGUUACCCUGACGCCUAAAAGCAGCCCCAUGGAGGAGCCUCGAGACGCGGCGCGAGGCGAGGUUAAGACGUAUCGGUGGAAACCUUAUGUGAAUAAAACCAUGCUGCUCAGGAGGUCCUGGAAACGAUCCACGAAGCAGCAGCAGUCAUUGCGUCUCACUGAGGUGCAUCGGAAGUCCCAGCUGUGGCGAGGGAUCGUCAGCAUCACGCUGAUCGAAGGUCGGAACCUCACGCCCAUGGACCCCAACGGCCUGAGUGACCCCUAUGCCAAGUUCAGGCUGGGGCCACAGAAGUACAAGAGCAAGACAAUGUCGAAGACCCUCAGUCCUCAGUGGAGGGAGCAGUUUGACCUUCAUCUUUAUGAGGAGACAGGAGGCGUUCUGGAGAUCACAGUGUGGGACAAAGACACGGGGAGGAGAGACGACUUCAUCGGACGCUGCCAGUUGGAUCUCUCCACUCUGACUAAAGAGAAGACCCAUCACCUGGAGCUGCCGCUGGAGGAGUCCCGGGGCCACCUGGUGCUGCUGGUCACGCUGACGGCGUCGGCGGCGGUCUCCAUCGCCGACCUGUCCCUCACGCCGCUGGAGGACCCAGAGGAACGCAGAGAGAUCCUCAAACGAUACGGUGUGAGGAGGUCGUUGUCCAACCUGAGGGACGUGGGCAUCGUCCAGGUGAAGGUGCUGAGAGCCGAGGGGCUGAUGGUGGCAGACGUAACGGGUAAAAGUGACCCUUUCUGUGUGCUGGAGCUGAAUAACGACAGACUGCAGACACACACCGUAUACAAGAAUCUCAACCCCGAGUGGAACAAAGUCUUUACCUUCAAUGUGAAAGAUGUCCACUCGGUCCUGGAGGUGUCGGUGUUUGACGAAGACAGAGACAGGAGUGCUGACUUCCUGGGAAAAGUGGCCAUUCCUCUUUUGAAUAUCCGUAACGGCAUCCAGAGAGCCUACCUGCUGAAAAACAAGGAGCUCACCGCCCCGACCAAAGGAGUCAUCUACCUGGAGAUGGAAGUCGUCUACAACACGAUAAAGGCUGCUUUAAAGACCGUGGUUCCUCCAGAACAGAAAUACGUUGAGGAAGAACCAAAAGUUUCCAAGCAGCUGCUGCAGCAGAACUUUAACCGGGUCAAGCGUUGCAUCAUGGUCCUCUUCAGCUUUGGUACCUACAUUAACAGCUGCUUUGAGUGGGAGUCGUCACAGAGGAGCAUCACUGCUUUCAUUGUACGGAGAAAACACACACACACUCACACACGCAUGUACACGCAUACACACACCCACCCACACAAGCCUAUGCAGUUUGCUCUUUCCCCACCGUGUCUGCUCUGUCCCCAGCUGUUCGUGGUUCUGGUCUGGAACUUUGAGUUCUACAUGCUGCCACUUGGCCUGGUUCUGCUGCUGGCCUGGAACUUCUUCUUCUCCUCAGGCAGAGAGACGGCGGAGACGUCCAUGGAGGCCAUGUUUGACUGGGAGGAUGAUGAAGAGGACAAGGAAGAAAAGGACUCUGAGCACAAAGGCUUCAUGGAUAAACUGUACGCCAUCCAGGACGUAUUCAUCAGCGUGCAGACCGCUCUGGAUGAAGUCGCUUCGUUUGGAGAAAGGUUAAAGAACACCUUCAACUGGACAGUGCCUUUCCUCAGCUGGUUGGCGAUCGCUGCCUUGAGCCUGGCCACUCUGCUGCUCUACCUCAUACCGCUGCGAUACCUGGUACUCGCCUGGGGUGUGAACAAGUUCACUAAGAAGCUCCGUGAUCCAUACAUGAUCGACAACAACGAACUUCUGGACUUCCUGUCUAGAGUUCCGUCUGAUGUUCAAAUGAUGCAGUACAGAGAGCUGAGAGCCGAUCCGGGACAAAGCCCCACCAAGCGCAGGCGAACGAACCCCAGCUAGCUGCAAACUGCAAACUCUGUACAUUCAUUGUAAUUUCGUAUUUGGUUUCUUAACUGUGUCCUCUUGUACAUUUGAUUCGGACGAAAAUGCAUUUACUGAUUUUUUUUUAUUUUUUUUUUAUUUUGUUGUUACCAAACUGAAUUGUUUUGUAAAUAUUUGAAAGAAAAAGAUGUUUUUUUUUAAUCUAAUUUAUUUCUCUCCACUUGUUAAAGUGAUGAAAUAAAGGAAUGUGUCGUCUGCAUGCAGUGCUGCUGUCGCAUGCAACAGGAGCAGAGUCAUUCUGGCCUGAACGUGUCGUCGCUGUGUCUGAAAACAGAGCUGCAUGCUGUUCCUGCUCCGACCCACGAUGGUUUUCCUUUUAUUCCCGUCAGUCAGGAGAACAAAUGUUUUUGUCUGAAUUCCGUUUCAAGCACAUGGCAACAGCCAAAAUCACUGCAGCCUAAAAAUUUCUCCACUCAGAUAAGUUUUUAUAUUCCUGGGGUUCUCAUGAGUGGUUAUGAGCAGUCAGUGUCUUACUUCCGGUUUGUAGCUUUUAUUAUCUGAUGAAUGCCAGUUUGAAACAGCUUUAGAACAAAAUUUUACCAAGUAAUUUUGAUAAGAUGUUCAAGCAUCUGAGCACACUUGAAAUAAGGCAAAACUGACUUCCAAGUAAGAUACAGGAGCUUGUUUUAACUUAAUAAUUCCUUCAUAUUUAUAGAAAAAGUACUUGUUCUGUUGUCAGAUUAUUUCAUUUAUAGCAUGGGAAAAAUAUUUUCUUAUAGGUGGAAUAAUUUGCUGGUGAAAUUUGUACUUUGUAAAACAAUAUUAAGGUGUUGUCUAAAACAAACUCUUAUAUCUGACUGGAUGUUACCAGUUAUUUAGUUUUGUCUUCUUUCAAGUGUAUGAACAUAUUUGCACCAGACAAAAUGACUUUGUAAGUAACUUUAUCUACUUAAUAAGUUAAUAAAAUGACUUCUUGGCAGAUUGAUAGAUUGACAGCUGAAGGUUUCCCAUGUUGGAAAGAAACAAGCAAAACUGCUCAACUCGUCUUAGAUUUUAUUUUUGAAACUCUUUCAGUCACAAAUGUAAAUCUGGGUGGUUUAAGGAGCAAAAAUAACGUCUACCGUUCCUGUCUUUGCUGCACAAACACAAUAGAGGGGAUUGCUUUGUCAAUCUGUUUUAAUCUACAGCAAAAAAAAACAUUGAGACAUAGCUCUAAAUUUAUUCAACUUCUAAAUAUUUCUGACUUUAUAGAAGUUAAAAUGUUGUAAACAUAAAUGAAAUGUCGUCUUCCUUACACCUGUUCCCAGAGUAAAGGAAAUAAAAAUCUGUUAACUGUCAAUGCGAUUUUAUCGUAACUUUUAAAGUAUUUAAUGACCGUUCUUUAAGGUCUGCAGCAUUUGUCCAGUUAGAUUUUUCUUUUUCUCAUCUUGUUUCUUUCAAAUGCAAAUUAUUGGACGUCUCCAUCAUUUUUGUCUUGAUGUGGAAGUGAGAUGGUAAAUGUACCACACACCUGGAUAUGUGUUUAUUUAGGCGUCUUUUACUCGGCUGGUAAAAAUUAGCAAAAGAAAGAAAUCCAGACAAAAAAUGAACUGACUGGACAUCCACCAAAAGUAUUCCAUAUUUUCAGUCUGUUGUAAACCAAACAAACAUAAACUGAAUCACUUUUGAACAAAAAUGUUGAUCUAAAUUCUGGGAACAAUAAUUUGGUGCUUUUCUCAUAAGAGUGGAUUUUUCCAGCCUUGUGUAACUUUGUAACUUUUCACAAGUCCGUUCUUGUUAAAAGAACACAGUUAAUUCAACCAGACGUGUGAAUUAUACAGUAUCUGUUUAAUGCUUUGAGUGGGAAUGCAGCUAAUAUCAGGCAUUUGCAGCUGAUCUCCUCCCAGUGUUUACAACUGCUGGGAAUCAGUUUCUCUGGUUUCAUCAACAGCUUUUUCAGCAGAUGUCAGUGUUCAUAUCAAUGAGCACUGAUGUCUGAUCGCCAAAGAACAAGAAGCUUAUUUGACCCUGUUUGUGCUCCUUUUUGAAGAUUUUUUCCAGCUGCUCUUUGUUUUAUCGACUCUCCUCACUUUGUUGAUCCUGUUUUAUCGCUGUCUUCCUCUCAGCAUCUCCGUCUUUGUCUUUUUUAACUUUGGGAUGCAAAGACCUGCAUGUAUGUGGAAGCUGCUGUCUGUAAGUGUUUUGCAUGAUUGAUCCUAAACUAUACAAGUGCAUUUAUCAACACUAAAUGUGCGUAAAAGCUCUGAUUAUUGAUCCGACGUACUGUUAACUCCCCCUGACGAAUCCUCGCUUCUGUUGUAUUGAACUGUUUUUGACUUCUUUCUCUGAGAAAAUAUAUUUCUUCACAGACGUG